AUGAAUAUUUUAGAUAUUUAUCCAACAAGCGUCCUUCUUGAAAUUUUUGAAAAUUUGGAUGGUGAUGCCCAAGAUUUAGUGAAUGUUCAUCAUUCCCUAAAAUCUGACUUGUCAAAACUUUGUGUGGAAUCGAUUUUAUUUAGGAGCGUUGAAGUGGUUACUGAAUCUCUUGGUCAAGAAAAUACAAGGUCCACCUUCAUGUUGAACAAUCUUAGGUUCUAUAUUAUCACUUCUAGACUAGAAUAUCAUGUUAAAAUCGAAAACAAUGAAUUGAAAAGACUUGGAAAGGCAUAUUUCUUUGAAACAUUGGCACCGCACAUCAGAAAAUUAAUGUUUCAAUAUCCACAUGGGAAAGAUGAAUUUUUGGGAUCAAUCAAGUAUUUUUGGAAACUUCCAAAAUUAAAGCAUUUAUCUUUGCAAAGACCAUGUGAUUUCUUAUAUCGAAAAUUAUUUACUCCAGUACAAGUCAAUGAGAUGCCUUUAGCAGUGGAUGAAUCGCCUCUAACUAUGUUUAAUCAUUCAAUGGAUUUUGGAAAUCUGUUGAAAAAAUUAAAUUUGGAAAGAUUAGUCUUGGCCAAAAUUGAAUUUUUCCAAUUGUUUACCAAUUUAGAAUCUUUGAGUUUAGGAAACAACUGUAUUUCUGUGAUUGAAAAUUUGGAUCAUAUGAAAUCCCUUCGAAAUCUUAAUCUCAGUGGAAACAAUAUCACAAAAAUGGAAAACUUGGGCGGAUUGAAUAAAUUAGAAAUACUCAAUCUCAACAGAAAUCCUAUCGAGAGAAUUGAGAAGUUGGAUGGUUUGGUAAACUUAAGGCACUUGGAUCUUAGUCAGUGCAAGCUCACAAAAGUUCAAGACUUGGAUAGGCUAAUUAACUUGCAAGUCUUGAACGUUCAGCAUAACAAUAUCAACUCAGUGGUAGGUGAUUUUUGUAAUCAUUCCAAGUUGACAGACGUGAAUCUUGAUCAUAAUAUUAUGCGUUCCUUGGGUGAACUUGAAACAGUCCCAAAUAUGAGAGACUUAACUAUCCGAAGAAAUUGCAUUUCAAGUCCUGCUCAAGUUGCCACUCUUCUCGAAAAAGGUGUUAGUGUCAAGUGGGGAUAUGGAUUUCCUUUUUCGGAUAUUCAAGUCGCUGAUUAUGGACAAGAUGGGAUAGAUAAUUGGGCUCUCCAAAGAUAUUGGAUAAGAAACCAUGAGAAUGUCCAAUACAACUCUGUUGAAAGCUUCCAAACGGAUAACAAUGCUUACGCAAAUACACUUCGCCCAGGAAUCUCAUAUAUUCAUGGGUAA